ACGUCAUCAUAGGAGUAUAAUUUAAUUUUCUGAGAUGAAAAUGAAGCACAGAAAGCUAACUAAGCUAAGGUUGCGGUCUUUAUCUCUCUCACGUUCUCUUCCCUUCCAUUCAAUCCCCAAAUAUUUUUUUGUUUUUGCCUCAUUGAAUUCAAUCCCCAAAGUUGCAUAAAUACUUAUAAUUCAAAUUCAAAAAACAAAAAUAGCAAUUUUAUUUUGUUAUUUAAAAAAAAAAAAAAAAAGAGAAAAUGUCUUGGCUCUUCAAGUCCAACUACCCUGACCCAGAUUCUUCCAAUCUUCACCGCACCGUCAUCCGCUCCUCUUCUCAGCCGUCAUCUCCGCACUCCACCGCCGUCGUUCACGGCGUCAAGGAUGACCUAUCUCUUAUUUUCCGCGGCGUCGCCAACUUCCUCGCUCCGCUCCCUUCUUCUUCUUCUCCCUCUUCCUCCGGCGAGUCCACCGCGCCUUCACAAACUCUCACCGGAAUCCGAAAUGAUCUCGUGGAGAUCGGCGGAAGCUUCAAGAACUCGCUCUCCCUUCUCUCACCACGCAAAGCCGUCACCGGAAUCUCGAAGCUCGCUGCUCAAUUGCUGCAGUCUGAGCGCGAUCAUGAAGAAGUUGAUGAAGGUGCGGUGCCUGGGACAACGGAUGAUGUCGUUCGUUUCGUGAAGAAAAUUUCUACCCGGCCUGAGUGUUGGACCGAAUUCCCCUUUCCACUCCAUAAUGCAGAUUGCAGCCUGUCAAAUUAUCAGAGAGAACAUGCGCUGGCUAUAGAACAACUGGUGCCUGAAUUUGUUACACUUAGAAUGAACCUUUGCAGUUACAUGAAUGUGGAAAAGUUUUGGAUGAUCUAUUUUUUGUUAAUACUUCCAAGACUUAAUCAACAUGACUUUGAGCGCCUAUCAACCCCCAAGAUUGUUGAAGCAAGAGAUGUUCUUCUACAAAAACUUGAAGAGAGGAAAGAUAUGAAAGUCGGAGAAUGUGAUAAAUUAGGUGUUGUAGAUACACGUCAAGAGGGUACGGAGGACAGUGGAACAGAAAGUAUCACAUUUGACCAAAACCAGAUAUUGACUGAGGUUACAAAGGCUGCUAAGGGUUUAGAAAUUGACGACACAAUCAGUAGUGAAAAAUGGUUGACAGAUACAGAUAUUGAUGCUACUUCACUGACUUCCUGUACAAAACAUCAACAGGAAGAGGACAUGUCAUUCAGUGACUUAGAGGAGGAUGGAAGUUAUAGCUCUGAUAAAUUAUCAGGCCAUGGGGAGGCCAUCAGGGGUUCAUCGCCCGAUGGUUCAAGUGACUGGGUUCAGCUACGUGAAAGCGAAAGAGGUGGCAGGCAGAAGGCUAUCCGUUUAAAAGGCAAGGAUUCUGAAGAUGAGUCAAAUGAUUGGCUCGCUGUUGACGAGUUUAGUUAGAUAUAGUCUUUCUCUCUAUUUGUAAAGGUUCAGCGUUUUUCACUUUUAAAUUUAUUUAGGAAUUGCAAAUUCCUAUAAAUUAAAAUGUUUCUUAUGGUUUGAUUGUAAUUAGAAAACUUUCACUAGCUGGCCACGACUGAGAAUGUGACGUCAUAGUUGUAAAAUAAUUUAUACUAUGAACAGAAUUAACUUGGCUUAUAAUUCCUUCCAAAGUCUAAAUAUAUGUCUAUGUGAAGUAAUGGUUUGCAC